UCACUUCCUCUCAAGAUCUCGCGGGGUCACGUGAUGUUGUAUUAGCUCGCCGACUCUGCUAUGUUUGUCGUUAGUGCUAACGUUUUAGAAAUGCAAACUUUCUCGGUUUUAUCGGUUUAUUGUGAUGCAUGGACGUCCGGUAGCAGCUCGGAGACCCGUUUUUACCGACGCUGCGCGAGGAAUUUGACUGCGAAAACGGGCCUGCACGUCACGUGACCAGCAUGCGGCUAAACGUUUGAUAAAAAAGAUGGCGUCUGUGCGGCGGAGCGAAGAGGACAACAAACUACCGAUCUGCUGAGCGCCGCCACCGGGAGCCAAGAGCGGCCGUUACACUGUCAAAUGGAUCCUGGACAGGAUUUACUUCUUGCUGCCCUAAGUGAGAGUGGCAUUUGUCCGAAUGAUAUUGGCCUAUUUGAUGUUGAUUCUCAGGAUGUUGCACAGCCCUCUACAACCCAGCAAUCUAUCUCCAUCAGUGCCCUGGAUGUUGGUGUGGGGACAGAGUCAGUGGAAGGUGUUCGAACUGAGCUUCCAGCUCCAGUCCCUAUAGUUACUAUCAGGCACAAACCUCAGCCAUCAACCACCACGUUUGUCUUAAAUCAGCUGAAUCAGUUGCCGUCACUAGGAGCUGCUGUGACCAAACAAUCAGUUACAAACCCUAUCAAACAUACCAUUACUGUCACCAAAGUGGUCCAUGUUGCUAAUUCAGCCCUGCGAGGUUCUUCGAACCCCUCCUCGAGUAUUCCCCCUUCAGCAUCCACAGUAGUGCCUUCCAACAGAGAUCAGCAGAUUCAGUUGAGAGACCUCCUUAGGACCGGCAAUGUGAAGACCACUGGUCUAAAGGGCAACAGUCUGAUGGAGCUCAUGAAGCUAAAGCCUCCACCUAACAUUGCUCCACCAGUAGCAACGGCAACAGCCACAGGUGAAAUGAACAAUGGGAUCAAGAAGGAAGUAUUGGGUAAAGAUGCUCCCAGGAUCUGGAACAAUGAUGACAUUAAAAUGCAAACUUUCUCACAUUCUCUGAAAAUCCCAGGGAUGAAGGAGGAGGAUGAGCCUGAGGAGGAAGAGGAAGACGAGUUGGGUCAUGCAGAGACUUAUGCAGAGUACAUGCCAAUGAAAUUAAAGAUUGGCCUGCGGCAUCCUGAUCCUGUGGUGGAGACCAGUUCCCUGUCCAGUGUGAACCCUCCAGAGGUGUGGUACAGACUGUCCAUCCCAGAAGAAGUCAUUGAUCGUGGCUCCCUGUCUGCUCUGCAGCUGGAGGCAAUAACAUAUGCUGCUCAGCAACACGAGACAUUCCUCCCCAGCGGGGAUCGAGCUGCCUAUUUGAUUGGAGAUGGAGCUGGUGUUGGCAAAGGCCGCACCAUUGCAGGGAUCAUCUAUGAGAAUUACCUUUUAGGCAGGAAAAGAUCACUUUGGUUUAGUGUCUCAAACGACUUGAAGUAUGAUGCUGAAAGGGAUUUAAAGGACAUAGGAGCCAAAAACAUCCAGGUUCACUCACUGAACAAGUUCAAAUAUGGCAAAAUCUCCUCAAAACACAAUGGGAGUGUGAAGAAAGGUGUGAUAUUCGCCACCUACUCUUCCUUGAUAGGAGAGAGCCAAUCAGGAGGGAAGUACAAGACCAGAUUUCAACAGCUUCUCCACUGGUGUGGGGAGGACUUCGAUGGAGUUAUUGUUUAUGACGAGUGUCACAAAGCCAAAAAUGUAUGUCCAAUUGGAUCAUCCAAACCAACAAAAACUGGGCUUGCAGUGUUGGAACUGCAGAACAAACUUCCCAAGGCUCGGGUUGUGUAUGCAAGUGCUACAGGUGCCUCUGAACCGCGAAAUAUGGCCUAUAUGAAUCGUCUGGGCAUCUGGGGGCAUAAAACACCCUUCAGAGAAUUUGGCAACUUUAUCCAAGCUGUUGAACGAAGAGGUGUUGGCGCCAUGGAGAUAGUAGCUAUGGACAUGAAACUGAGGGGCAUGUACAUUGCAAGGCAGUUGAGUUUUACAGGUGUGACUUUUAAGAUCGAGGAGGUUCCCCUGACUCAGAAAUACAUCAACAUGUACAACAAAUCUGUGAGGCUGUGGGUGACAGCACGUGAAAGGUUCCAGCAGGCAGCGAACCUGAUGGAUGCAGAGCAACGCAUGAAAAAGUCCAUGUGGGGCCAAUUCUGGUCUGCUCACCAGAGGUUCUUCAAAUACCUGUGCAUUGCCUCCAAAGUCCGCAGAGUGGUUCAGCUGGCCCGAGAGGAGGUCCAAAAUGGAAAGUGUGUGGUGAUCGGUCUUCAGUCCACUGGAGAAGCAAGAACACUUGAGGCCUUGGAGGAAGGAGGAGGGGAGCUCAACGACUUUGUGUCAACUGCAAAAGGUGUGCUGCAGUCCCUGGUUGAGAAGCACUUUCCAGCUCCUGACAGACAGAAGCUUUACAGCCUUCUAGGUAUCGACCUCCCAACUAAGAAGACGCCCGCUCCCAGUGACACUGCAGCACAACCAGAACCGAAGGGCAAGAAAAGAAAAGGUUCUGAGAUAAAAAAGCAGCAGAAAAAGAAGCCUCGCAAGCACGGUGGUUUGUCGGGUACCAGCUCGGAGGAGAGCCAGUCGGACGAGUCGGACAGAGAGUCUGGUAAAGACAGCGACGACAGCUUCAAAUCUGUCAGCUCAGGGGACGAAGACGACGAUUUCAACCCAUUCAGAGACGAGUCCGAUGGCGAUGAGGAAGAUGAUCCAUGGCUCAUCAGAAAGGAACCAAAGAAAGGGAAAGAGAAGAAAAAGAAAAAGAGAAAGAAGAGUAUUGAUCCAGACUCCAUUCAAAGUGCCUUGUUAGCCUCUGGGCUGGGCUCCACCAGGCCGGCUUUCACUGCCCCCGUUAUUCCCGUCAGCACACCGGCCAUAGUCAAGGCAGAGAGUCAGGAUAGCUGUCUAACAAGUCAGGAUGCAGUGGAACAUGCCCAGAAAAUGAAGAGAGAGCUGCUGGAAAAACUUGAGGAACUAGCUGAGGAUCUACCUCCCAACACUCUGGACGAGCUAAUAGAUGAACUGGGAGGACCCGAGAACGUAGCUGAGAUGACUGGACGCAAAGGUCGUGUGGUCAGCAAUGACGAUGGCACCAUCACGUAUGAAUCUCGCUCUGAGCUGGAUGUCCCGGUAGAAAUCCUCAAUCUCACAGAGAAGCAAAGGUUCAUGGAUGGAGAGAAGAACAUAGCCAUCAUCUCGGAAGCUGCCAGCUCAGGUAUAUCCCUACAGGCCGAUCGUCGAGUGAAGAACCAGCGGCGGAGAGUCCACAUGACACUAGAGCUACCGUGGAGUGCAGACAGAGCUAUACAGCAGUUCGGGAGAACUCACAGGUCGAACCAGGUCACAGCCCCAGAAUACGUCUUCCUCAUAUCAGAGCUUGCAGGAGAGCAGAGAUUUGCAUCCAUCGUUGCCAAAAGACUAGAAAGCUUGGGUGCUCUCACUCACGGGGACAGAAGAGCAACAGAAACUCGAGAUCUCAGCAGGUUUAAUUUUGACAACAAAUACGGCAGAAACGCUCUGGAAAUUGUGAUGAAGUCAAUUGUUAAGCUUGAUUCUCCGUUAGUGUCUCCACCCUCUAACUUUAAAGGCGAUUUCUUCAAAGAAAUUCAAAGUGGAUUAAUAGGUGUGGGCCUCAUAAAUUUGGAGGACAGAUCUGGGGCAAUGUCACUGGACAAAGAUUACAACAACAUGGGGAAGUUCCUGAACCGUAUUUUGGGCAUGGAGGUCCAGCAGCAAAAUGCCUUGUUCCAGUACUUUUCUGACACGUUGGCAGCAGUUAUUCAGGAAGCCAAGAAGAAUGGCAGAUAUGACAUGGGCAUUCUCGAUCUGGGCUCUGGUGAUGAGAAGGUGAAGAAGGUAGACUGCAGGAAAUUCCUAACACCGGGCUACACUACAUCAGGACAUGUGGAACUCUUCACCGUGAGUGUGGAGAGGGGGAUGUCGUGGGAGGAAGCCACACAUGCUUGGGCAGAACAGAAUGGACCAGAUGAUGGUUUCUAUGUUCAGAUGAGGAACAACAAGAAAACAGCCAUACUGGUCAAAGAGGUGAACAACAAGAAGAGGCUCUUCCUGGUUCACAGGCCCAACACCGGCAGACAGCUCAAACUGGAGACCUAUGCAGACAUCAAGAAGAAGUUUAAAAAGGUUUUGUCAGAAGACGCCAAGCAGCACUGGACUGACCAGUACAAGUUGUCAGCAAAGAUCUGCGCUCAUGCAUAUUGGCGGGGUAACUGUAAGAAAGCAUCUGUGGGUCUUCAGUGUGAAGUUGGCCUUCGGUGUCGGUCGUACUACGUUCUGUGUGGCUCCGUGCUCAGUGUGUGGAAUGAGCUGGAGGAAGUGCUAACUCCAGUCAGUGGAACCAAUGUGAAGGUGCAGAUUGUCCGCCUCAGAACAGAAGAUGGACAGAGAAUAGUUGGACUGAUCAUUCCAGCAAACUGCGUGUCUCCUUUAUGUAACAAGCUCUCAACGUCGGACCAGUGCCAGCAGCUCGCUGUGCAGGAGCUGCAGAAACUGCAGCAGCUUCAUCCCCAAAGUCUCAGUCAUGCACCGAACACAUAGUUUGGGGUGGACCAUGUUAAAUCCCUUCUCGAAGCUCACAUCCCAAUCUAAAGGGAUCUGACUCACGAGUCUCUAUCUCUGCACUGCAUACUCCAGGACCGCUGUCUGUUGUUCUGCGCCCCCCCCCCCCCCCAAACCCAAAUUGUCUGAGGUGUCGUACCAAGGUUUGGUGACUCUCAGAUGUAAAGCAGUGGUUGUACAGAGAAAAGAUUUCAGGUGUUUUUCUUUUCUUUUUUUAAAUCUCCAGAGACACUUUUUUCACCUAGAGAGAUUUUGAUGGGUGAUGUUUUGUCCUCUGACAUUCAGAGUGAAAAGAAUUGUAAUAUAAUAGUAAUGAUCGAGGCAGAUUUGAAAUGUAGAGGGCGUGUCGGCCUGUGGCUGUUGAGUUAUCCACUCCCCACCCAUGCUUUAAGCUGUUUAGUGUGAACUACGUGGUAUGAAGCAAAGACUUUUUCUUGGGUCAGACCAAAGGUGGAUGAGACAAAGACCACUAUGUCUUCGUAAGUCAAAUUCAUUACAAAAUAUGGGCAUUUAAUGCUAAACUGCAAUCUCAUAUUAAUAUAUGUAGAAAAGUGUUAGCUUAUCACUCCUCAGACAUGAUUCGGCACUGAUACAGAGAAAGAAUUAGUUGUUUGAAGUAGAAAAAGUGAUGCAGGACACCAGUCCAGUUAACUACAGGAAACCUGAUAUGUGCAGAUGAUUUUGUGAUUCUCUGUAGCCGUUGUAUUCACUCAUGAGACAACGAAACACAAUGUCUUUGUUGUCAGAAUCCACUUGCAUCCUAAUUACAGACCUGUUUGUUUGCACAUGCGUCUCCAAAUUAAUCAGUUUUUUUUGGUUUGUUUUAUUUCAAGUUUCAUCAUUUUGUUCCUCUUUGUCUACAUUGUACCAUUAAAGGAUAGGUUCACAGUGUUUUCAAGUCUUGGUACAAUAUUCAGGUGCACAUAUAAUAAUUUGAAACGCUUUUUUCAUGCUGUAAUAUUUAAUCCUGUUCAUACUUGACAUUACGAGAUCCUUUCAUAGUACUUCGAUGUAAGUGAUCAGGAACAAAAUCCCUCUUUUUGGUGUCAAAAUGUAUUCAAAAGUGUAUCUGAAGUUAAUGAGGCAAUUCAAAAGUCCCUCUGUUUCCUGGAUGGACAGCAACAAAAAUAGAAUUUGGUACUUACCACCUGAUCUGUCUAACUCAGACUGCUGAAGCCUCAUAUUAACUUUAGAUAAACUUCUGUAUAAUGUAGAUGUUAUCCCUCAUCACUUACAUUUAAAGCACUUUAGUAAGGAAUCUUUUUUUCCACUUUGGUUUUUAUUGGUGAUUUCAACAUUUAUAAACCUAUAAAGAGAAACAUACAAUCAUGCUUAAAAACGUUUGUUUGGGAGUUACAUUUUUAGUCUAUCCAUUCUGUUUCAUCAACCUUUCCGUAGUUUUAGCUGUCCGUAGCUGAAUUAGUCCCUAGCUGAUUUUGGUCCAUUCCUCCCACUUUUCUUCCAUCGGUGCUUCUUGCAAUCUCAAACAAUGUGUCAGUUUUUUCUGUUAUGUAGAUUUCCUCUAUCUCUAUCCAUUGUUCCUGAAUAGUGGAAUCUGCUUUACCUCAUUUCUUUGUGAUGGCUUAUUUUUAACUAGCUAUCAGCAAUAUUUUGACCAGAGAUCUAACCUAGUGAGGGAUCUUUUAAUAGCUAGUUUUAACAUUAGGAAUAAGGACGGCAAUCAAAAUAAAAACCUAACCAUGACUAUUGGUUUAAGACUGAAUAGAAAACUUGUGAAACUAUUCUUUUAAAGGGACAGUUCACCCCAAAAUCAAAAAUACAUAUUUGUCCUCUUGCCUGUAGUGCUAUUUAUCAAUCUGGAUUGUUUUGGUUUGAGUUGUUCAGUUUUGGAGAUAUCGGCUGAACUACACCUGCCAACCGUAUUGCCGCGCAGUAGGGAAGAUGGACUGGAGGCACGUGGUCAUGAUGGUGCGAGAUGCCCUCGGCUGAGCUUUAGCGUUAGCGCUUAGGUGAGCUAGCAGUAUCAGUUACAGCUCAGCCGAGGAGCACGAGCCUCUCGUCCAUGAGUACGCUUCCUUCUGCACCGUGAUAUAGUUGGCCGGUGUAAGAAAAUAGUUCCUACAUGAAACUGCUAACAGCCAGGUCCAGAUUAUCCUGAGUAACGGCCAUGAUUUCUGGUAAGAGACAUUGCUGUUGAGUUUUACAAAUGUAUUUUUUUUGGAGCCCCACGAGCCAAAUGCCAACUAGUUACAUUAUAUUGGAGAGAAGGCAGACAUUUCUACGGCUGAUAUCUCCUCACACCCAUACUAUCCAGAUUGAAAAAAAAAAAAGCACUGAGUGAAAAUAUGUAUUUUAUAUUUGGUAAUGAAGUGUCCCUUUAAGAGCCAGGAGUUUGUAAAAUGUGGCUUUAUAUCAGCACAAACUGCUUCUCCAGUCAGGCACCUUUACAAAGCACCGACAAGUCAGAUUUUGACUUCAGAAAGAUUUAGUGUGUGCUGGUCUGGUGAUUUCUAUUUAUAGUGUUUGGACAUUAGAAAAUGUUUCCCAAAGAUACAAAUUUAAAUGGCAAAACAAAAUUGAGUAAUGUUUGUGUUAUCAAGAGACCAGGCUUUCUUUUCAGGCGACCGUUAAUCAACAGAAAUCCGUCUCUCCUAUCUCCCUAUUUAAAGUUUUCAAAUGGUUUAUAACUAACUAUAAUGUUAUAAGCAGAUUUAACGACAUUUUGACAAAUAUAACUUCUUUUAUGACAACAGUUUGUCUUGUGUUCAUACAGGAGUUAUAGUUGCUCAUAAAUACACACUAUUUACAACUACCUUAGUGUUACAAACCAUUUAUUAAAUGUUUAUAUACUGCUUAAACAUGUUAAAUAUGGGGCAUUACUGCUGUUUCUGUUGAGCAGUAGUGUUCCCACAUUAAAGAGUUUGUGCUCCCUUCUCCCCGGUCUAUUAUAUAUAUUUUUUUGUAGUUUGUGUUGCAGGUUAAAACCACCUUUGGUCUUUACCUUGACUUAUCUCGGAGUUAAAACUAAAUCACUCUUGAAUAACUCAUUCAAAGGACAGGAAACAUGUUAACAGCAACAGUCACAUACAGUAAAGCAGCCAAGGAAUUGUGAGAAAUGUGAAAUCCUUGACGAAGACCAUCACUUUUUGAUUUUUUAAAAACAGAUGUUGCUCGGAUGUUUUUUAUUUUGUUGCCUUUUUUUGUUAAAAGGAAUUCUGCUCAGGGGUUAAACUCAUAAAAAGACCCUCUGAAAAACAAAAGUCCUAGAGUUUUACACAGUAUCUGAACUGCAUGACCAUAACUCAAAUACUCCUUAAACACCUCUACUCGCUAAUAUUACUGUGUGGCUCGCUGUAAUUCCAGCUCGUAUCUUCACAGUACAUGUUUGAAACACAUCUCUCUUAGUCCUUUUCUGUGUUGAGCCGAGUUGUGAUUAAAAUUGAUGAUUGCUUCUGU